GAUGGCUACUUCCCAAAAACACACUCACUCACACUCUCACUCUCUAUCUCUUCCGCUUCAAGAUCGAGUUGCAAUCGUCACCGGCUCCUCCCGCGGAAUCGGACGAGAAAUCGCUCUCCACCUCGCCUCACUUGGCGCCAGAAUCGUCGUCAACUACGCCUCCAACUCCUCCCUCGCCGACUCACUUGUCGCCCAGAUCAACUCCGACGCCAGCGUUGGAGGCGGAGCUGCUCUCCCUCGGGCAAUUGCAGUUCGCGGCGAUGUCUCCGACCCGAACGGCGUGAAGGCGCUGUUUGACUCCGCGGAGCGGGAGUUCGAGUCGGCGGUUCACAUCCUGGUCAACUCAGCGGGCGUAACUGACAGCAACUACCCGACCAUAGCUAACACCCCCGUGGAGGAUUUUGAUCGCAUUUUCAGUGUAAAUACAAGAGGAGCAUUCCUGUGCUGUAAAGAGGCAGCAAACCGAUUAGUACAUGGUGGCAGAGGUCGAAUUAUACUGUUAUCCUCAUCAGCAGUGGCUGCAUUGAGACCAACUAUGGGUUCGUACACAGCAUCCAAAGCCGCUGUUGAGGCCAUGACACACAUUUUGGCGAAGGAGCUGAAGGGAACAGGGAUCACAGCUAACUGUGUUGCACCUGGCCCAAUUGCAACCGAAAUGUACUUUGCCGGGAGGACUGAAGAGCAAAUAAAAGCCAGUAUUGCGGUCUCACCGCUGAAUAGGCUUGGCGAGCCUAAGGAUGUGGCCCCUUUGGUGGGGUUCUUGGCUAGCGAUGCCGGUGAGUGGGUUAAUGGUCAGGUUAUUCGUGUUAAUGGUGGGUAUAUCUCUUAGCCCUUUUAAGGAACCAAAAAUAUUUGUGUUAAGUAGUUUCUUGAUAAUGCAGUUGAAGGCGAAGAUAUUGUUGCUGUUGUAAUGUUUGGGAAUGAUAGAGAUCAGUGCUCUUCUCUAAAUUAUCUAGUAUGCAGUAUGCUUCUUCCCCUGUACUUGGCCAGUUCUUUAUACUUUGCUAUUCUGUUAUCAAAUCAUGUCAUGUGCCAAAAAUGUUAAUUGGAAUGGUAGAAAAUGUGGAAAAGAUUAUCAUGAGACCCAAAAUGAAAAUUAUGCUCUGCA